AUGGCUUCUUCCUCUCCCGAGGAGACAGCUGUCAGACGUCGAAGGGAGGAUAUGGACAUUCUCCCCGAACACGAGAAGAAUUACUCGCCAGGACGACGACUUCUUCUCCGAUCACACAAACCGCUUCCGCCCUACGGCGAUCAUCACUACCCGCUUCCGGAUGGCUGGAAUUCUCGCGACAUGAUGGUAUCCGAUGAAGAGAAGGCCUUUUCGCUCAGACGACUGGUUUUCCACCCGAACAAUGCGCCCAAGACCAUUGACAAGAACAACCAAGAUGGCCAUGCUGCUUCCAUGGAGGUCGAGAUCAUUCGGAUGAUUGACGGCAGUGCUGGAUACCAUCCUGGUCCCCAAAAAGUCCUUUGCAAAGUUGUCGCUUCGCCAUCGGCCGCCCCAAAUGAACGAGAGCAUGAGAUCCCGUCUGAGGGACAGCUACUCUUCCUGAAGGUGUUCGAUCCCUUGUUCUGGCACAAGACCAUCGACAUCACCAAGCGCCUCAUCAAAGUCACAAUCCAGGCCGACUCAGCAUUCAGUGACGAAUUCGGCGCCUACAACCGCCUCUUUGAAAAGGAGCUCACUGGCUUCCCCCAUGUCGCUCCUCAAUUCUAUGGAGGAUGGAUCACGGAAGUCAAGUCGAUCAACCCAUCGUUCGCAGACCGGACCCGGGAUGUUGCGGUGCUUGCAACCGAGUUUAUCGAUGGCACCGGCCUCGACCAACUCUUUGCACUUGAUGGCCCCAAGUAUGAGGUGGUUGAGCUAUACAACAGCGCCGAGUCACGCGAUGCUUUCACCACAGAUCUCGAUACAAGAAUGGAUACUAUAAAGCAGCUCAUGGACGGUACUAUGUCGGAAGAGUACAUUGGAGUUGAUCAUUGCCGUUUUCACUCUAGCAAUGUUAUAAUUUCCAUGCGAAACCUCGGUGAGCCGCUGGAGAAACCCAGGGCUGUUCUGAUUGGCUAUGGGCAGGCGUUGGUCGAUGAUUUGCGCAGGGAGCCUGCUGACACGUACAAGAACUAUCCAACAAAGCCCCAUCCGUUCCUUCGAUUCGGCUGGCAGAGACUGGAGUCUUUCGCAGGCUGGAUCCCUGCCCAUUGGAAAGGUCCGAACAUCAACCGCCCGCGUUUGCUCGACCAAUGGGUCGUUCAAACAUUUGGUCCUUUGACGCCCAAUGAAGAAUAUACCUUUCUUGCGUCCGACGAUCUGGCCGAGCUCGAGGGAACAUCUACAAGCGCCUUGCCCGAGGAACAGCCUUAG